AUGUUCGGGUCUUCGAAUUCCGCCUUCCAACCGGUGCCCUCCAGCGGUGAACACAAGCAGCUCCUCAAUUUUGAGCCCUCCGCGGUGGCCGCCAUGAGCAGCCACAACGCCCUCCCUUCCCUCUAUGCAUUGCCGGAACAGGCGCGUGGGGCUGAGGACCCCAUGCAACCGUCCAAUAGCCAACCUACGGCCACCCCGCUAACCAACAUGCUGCCCGGCUUUGGAAUUCAACAAUUCCCCCAGCCCGAAGCACUGCUCCCUUUCAUGCCGCCAUUCGACGGUUCGGUGGCAAAGCGGGCAGUUCCCCACCAGGAUGAAAAGAACGAUUCUGGCAAUGAGACCAUGUCAAUCCAUUCCCCGAAUAGCAGCCCGUCACUCAGCUCACCAGCUUCAAGUAACCCUGGAAGCCGCUCAAACUCGUUCUCCGUCUCUUCACUCCUGAAGGGCGAUCUGAUGACGGCCGCUGUUCCGGCCGCCGAGCUCCAAGCUCAACUCCAACAGCUAGUCGCCUCAGCCUCCUCUAGCACCUCGGCCGUCGUCAACCCGAUCGACCAACCGACCAGCUCCCCAUUCUCGGCACCACUCCUUCCACAUCAACAAAUGCCUCCAUUCCGACCUCUUUCCAUCCAAGAACUGCACAGAGCCCGCCAAAUUCAACAGCUACAGAUGAAUUUCGCACACCAGAUGAGGAGUUUUGGGAUGCCGGGCAUGAGUGACGUGCGACUGUCGGCGCGUGAGAUAUGCGUGGUGUGCGGCGAUUCGGCGAGCGGCUACCACUACGGGGUGAUGAGCUGUGAGGGGUGCAAGGGCUUCUUCCGGCGAAGCGUUCAAAAGAACAUUGACUACGAAUGUCACAAGGAACGGAAGUGUACUGUGGACCGAGUGUCGAGGAAUCGAUGCCAGCGAUGUCGAUAUGAGAAAUGCUUGAAGGCAGGCAUGAAUAAGGAACAAGUGCGCCAAGACCGAAAAAGGUAUCGUCGUGGGGCCGAGGAGGGUCGCGAGAUGGAAGUCGACGAAGCGAAAGGAUGGCUUGGAGAUGUACAGGCCGUUCUGGCUGCUGGGAAAGCUGCCUUUGAGGGGAAACCACCGAUGGAUGCACAGGAAACUCGAAACGCCGUUGAAGUCUAUCUGGCCUCAAACCCAUUAUUCGUGGCUAUUCCCGAGGAAAGGCGAAAACAAUUGGCCGAUGAAGCACUUGCUUCUAUUAUGGUCAUCCGAGCGGCCUUCGUGCCGAAUUCCACAUCAGUCACGGAUUGGCCAGCUUCGAUGGAGCUUGAGAUAGAAAAACUACGCGCCGGUCUGGCUAAUGUCAGCGAGCACGAGGUACACAUCCUGGUGGGUCUCGUACUGGCGCAUGCCCUCGAUGCUGAUGGCGAAACGAUCAAGCUGAAGCUCUCCGAGUGUCUACAGGUUGAGGUUGCCGUCCGAAAAGCCGACGCGCACAUCUACAACCAACUAAUGUUCAAGCUGGGCUCGUUGAAAAUGGCCCUUGGCACUGUGCACGCCGCGCAA